CCAAAUAGCGUUAGCCCUCACUUCCAAGGAGGGAGAGGUCAGGCUCUCUGUUCGCCUGCUCUGGUGCCUUUUAUCUCCACUGCGGCUUCUCUGGGAGGAUCAUUUCAAGUUUUGUUUUGGCUCAUGUGUAGGGAGGGCACCCCUGACGGGGAGGAAGGAUGUGGAAAUAAGCAGUGGAGAUCAGAUACGGGCGGCCCCCCACUCCCCUCCGAAAAAAAGUCAGGAGGACACAUUAACGACAAACUUAAGGCAGCAGGGGCAGGAGUAGGCAUUUCUAAGUGCUUUUAUACUGUCCCGUGAGGCUAAGGCCAAAUAAACAGGAAAGAUCUUCAGCGAUCACCCCUUCACUUCAGCUUUGAAUUGUCCAAACAGGUGCCUCCAGGCAAGCCAGGAGGGUCAUCAUCUACUUCAAGGAGCAGUGGCAGCCCUUGUCACAGGCUCCAGAAUUCAUUCCCAAGAUUGCCUUAAAGGCUGGAAAUAUCCAGCUCGGGAUUGCUCAGUCAUCUGUUCACAGGAAAGAACCACAGAGCGAAGAUUCAGCGGGAGGCCCCCAGCUCAAGCUCAGGAAGGCCUGGGCAGGACGCACAGGCUCUGCUGAUUGGAUCGGGUUGUACACAGCCAGAGAUCUGGGCCCUUCUGCCCCAGCCGAGACUCAUGGCGGUCCUGGUCUCCGUGCUCCAGCUGGCCGUCUCCCUGUCUGUCUUCCCCGUCUAUCUGCUCCAUUUCUUGGGCCUGUGGAACUGGAUCUGCAAAAGGUUCUUCCCUUACUUCAUGGUGAGGUUCACCGAAAGCUACAACAAGGAGAUGGCAGCCAAGAAGCAGGAGCUCUUCAGCAGCCUGCAGCAGUUUGCCGGGCCCUCAGGGAGGCUGACUCUGAUGGAGAUCGGCUGUGGCACCGGAGCCAACUUUAAGUUCUACCCAGAAGGGUGCAGGGUCACCUGCAUCGACCCCAACCCCAACUUCGAGAAGUUCCUCAUCAGCAGCAUCGCCCAGAGCCGACACCUACACUUCGACCGCUUCCUCGUGGCCUCCGGGGAGGACAUGCACCACAUAGCGGACAACUCCAUGGACGCAGUGGUCUGCACCCUGGUCCUGUGCUCCGUCCAGAACCAGGAGAAGUUCCUGAAGGAAGUGCACCGAGUGCUGAGGCCGGGAGGAGCUUUCUAUUUCAUGGAGCAUGUAGCAGCUGAACCAUCCACCUGGAAUUUCUUCUGGCAGCAAGUUCUCCAUCCGACAUGGUUUCUCAUAUUCGAUGGUUGCCACCUGACCAGAGAGAGCUGGAGAGCCCUGGAAGCGGCCAGCUUCUCCAAGCUCCACCUUCAGCACCUGCAGGCCCCCCUGUCCUGGAAGAUAGUGCGGCCUCAUAUCCUGGGAUACGCCAUGAAAUAAUUGGGUGGGUGGGCAGGCGGGGGGGGGGGGGGUUGUUUCCUUGGAAGAAGGGAGA